UUAAACGCAGUCACGCGUUAUCGCACUCACGUUGGUCAUGGGCAAGAAUGCAGCAAUGUUCUGAUUGGUUUAAAGCAGCAAGAACGAAGAGUCCAGCCCUCUUCUCAGCCCAUGCUUUUGUUAUUGUCUUUUUGCUAUGUGGCUAGCUGUGCUUUUGUAAUGCACGGCGUUUACAUGGUAGCUUGAACAAGACUGUAAGUUCGAGACUCUGAAACUGCUACUUGGAUCCGUGGUGUGUGACCAGAGAGGCCUGCAGGUGAAGCUGGUGCCAUGCUGGUGACUGCACAAGUCUGCCAGUUACUGUUUCAGCCAAGAAAUCUGUACCAUGGAUGAGGAUGCCCUUUUACUGGGAAAAAGACAUUCGUAGAUCAUAUCUUCCGUUUGGAUGGAGUCAUGCUCCAUGCAGUGACAGUGGAUUGUCUAGUACUAAAACUUGGAACUGUAGCUGACUGGACGGUCUACUGGCAAGACUUGUACGAGACCAAAGACUUUUCUUCAUUUGUAACAAGUUGGAUCUUUUAAACAGCCAAAAUGAACUGCACAGAUAGUGAGUAUAUUUGGCAGUCUCGUAUUCACAGUGGAUUUAAUUAUAGGCGAAAACCAGGUCCCUUCCAAGAUGCUGCUGCAAUUGGACUGGAUUUCAACGUGGCUUGCAAAAGGAAGACCAAACUGGAUUUGAGUUUGCUAACAAAUGGAGUGGUGCUGGACAUCUAUGACUUUAGUAAAGCAUCGGUAGGGUCGGUUAAGUACUUGUUGUCCGACGUCCUGGAGUAUAAUUUCGACACCGGCAUGGACAACGAUAAACAGCGCUUUUUGUUUACAAACCGCUUAUUCACAAAAAUUGGGUUGCUGAAAAAAUAUUCCCAACAGGACGAAGUGUUUUUGCUUCCUGACCCUAAUACUUUUAAUCUAUCUGGUGUGUCAGAGGUCCAGAGUCGUCCUUACACCAAUUUGAGCGAGUUCUUGGUCAAAUCUACACCAAACUGCCAUGAAAGGAUUCAUGAAGAUGAAGCCGCCACAGCAUUUGACCAUGUUGACCAGGAUGGAGAAACUGAGCAUGUAGACGAGGCAACAAAAUGCACAGUGGUAAAGGGUUUGUACCCACUCUGUGAUGCCAUUGGUCUGGAUCUGUACAUUAGACCCAUAAACACGCCCAAGCAGAAACUAGACCCAAGAUUUUUAACCAACAAAGUCAUUUUUGAAGUGCUCAAAUUUGUUAAAGAGGUGUGCGGAACACAACGUCAGACCGUCUCAGACGUGCUCAAUCAUAAUUUUGAUCUCAGCGCUUAUGAAAAUUGCGUCUGGGGAAAAAUUAUAAAGAUCAGAAAUGGCAGAAAUGACCUAAUUCAGCGUGAUGCCAAACAGGCUUUCAGAAAGAAGCCUUGCAUCUUUGUCCAAAGAAAAUCUCGGAAAAGAGGAUGGAAAAGAAGAUGGGUCAAUGACUAUGACAGCCAAGCCUUAGCAUCACUUACAAAGCAUGGCAAAAGGAAGCGAAAGCCCAAGUAUGAUGAUGUGUUUUGUGACUUCGGACACCUGCGACAUGAUGAUCAGAAAUUCUUUGCAACAAGCUACGAAGAGAUGGAUGCCAUGCAGGAAUCGCAGACCGGAGAACAGUCAUACACUUUCUCUGAUCCAGUGCAUGAUCAUGGCAUAGAGGUGCCCAGUGAAAAGCUUAGACUCUGGAAGCGACGGACAGCGCGCAGUAAACAGAUCCUCACUUCGUGGUUCAAACACAAAAAGACACAUUGGGACUUUAACAUCGGCACUGGUGUGAAGUUAAAUACUGAUCUGCGACUACUAACUGAUGACAUCUUAGAGGACAUGUUUAAAUUUGCUUGUCAUAUGCGCAGAACUCAAUCGAAAUUCCAGCUUGAGAUUUAUCAAAACAACUUCAGGCUUAACCCACUGGAUUCAGUGCAGACAAGGUUCAAGUGGCAUGUCACCACAAAAGUAAAAGAUCUUGAAAGCCGUCGCCGUGAAAAAUUGGCAGAUCUUUUAAAUUCUGUUGUUCAUUUUCCGGGGUCUUACCGCAUGGUUGAUAUCGUCAGCUCCUCAACCGCAGCUGAAACAGUUAAUCAAUCCUCAGCAAAAUUUCUUGAGCCGUCCAUGGAGAACUACCCCUUCUGUUUGCAGAUGGGGGUAAACCUUUGGGCAGUGAAAGAGCGGCCUUUGAAUGAGAGACUGGAUUUGGGUCUCCUGACCAAUGGGGUUCUGCUAGAAGUGAGUAGCUUUGUCGGGAAGCUGUGUGGCAAUGUCUGGGAGGUCAUGUUUGAUGUUCUUGAGCACAAUUUCGACCUCAACCCUCAAGGUGGAGAAAUCGCGCAAGCGCUUCAGAACUGGUACUGGCGACGCAUAACAUCAAACCGAGGGAUUGAGACAUUUGCAGAACUUAACAUGUGCAUUGCUAAGAUUGUUCAAGCGAAUAAAAGCUGCACCAAAGAAAGACUUUUCAACCAGGUCAUAAAGAAGGACUUGGCUGAGGAGUUUAAACAAGGAACUUUCCAUUGUGACCCCUAUCCCCUAUGUAAAGAGUUGGGGAUAAACCUUGAAAUGGAUUCAAAGUGGGAAGCCAGAGCAAAAUUGGACUUGCAAGUGUUGACCAGGGCGGUCAUCUAUGAGGUACACAGAUAUGUGGGGGAAAACCCUCAGAAGGAUAAUUAUGUUCCUAUGCUGUACAAGAUCUUGGAAGACAACUUUGACCUUAGCUCCCAGCUUCACCGGCGCUGCAAGUUUGCACUUGCAAUCGCAUCCCAAGUGAAAGCCAUGGCUGGGAACUUUAGAGGUUCAACCCGGAAGGGAGACUAUCCAAACAAGGUGUUUGAGUUACCUUUUGAAUUCCCAAUCAGUGGGCAGGUUCUCUUAAAAGAAGAGCCGGAAGAUGGAUACUGUGAUUUGGAUGAUGAUAAUGACAAUAUUGAGUUUGUCUGCCAAUUUAUCCCUGUUGAUAUUGAGAUAACACUGGAUUAGGAUUAUUGUUUUAGGUAAGCAUGUGGUUUGCAGUUUAUAUCAUUUCGAAAGGAGUACAAUACCUUUAUUUCUAUUCCACAGAUUGUACCAAAGGGAAAAAUAUUUGAUAACCUUUAGCUCUUUAGUCAAAAGAACAAUGCUGUCAAUUACCAUGUUAGAGGAUUUUUUUGUGUGAAGUGAUAUGUUGUCAUGUUGGCCUCCUCCUAGCACCAUAUCUAAAUUGUAAGUUAUGUUGUAGGAAAUGGAUGGUUAAAAUGGAUCAUGUGUGCAAUGUAAAAAGUUAUGAAUGUAAAAUUAAAACUGACAUUUUCUUA